AUGAAGCGCCGGCGUUUGCUAUAUAAGCAGCCUCUUCCUGCCGCGCCGUCGAGUGAUGAGCUUGGGCAGGUGAGAACGCUUGUGAGAGACAAGUGGGUUGCCUCCUACCUUGCCGAGCAUGGACGUGGGGGUCAGGAUGCACGUGCUGCGGCCAAACGAGAGUUCACCUCAGCCGCCAACAAGCGUCAGAUGCUGAGUUCCAUGCUGGAGUCUGGGCAGGUACCACCCCGGCUUCAUGCAGCAGCCACCCGUCUAAUCAUGGCUUGGACAUCUGAGACGCCCCUCCGUGGCCCACAUGAGGUGGAGGAGGAUGUCAUGAGUUCGUACCGUGGCAGUGGGACUAUGUUUCGGUAUUCAGGGUCGUGGAGCCGUGUGGACGAUGCCGCAAUGUCGGCGGUGCUGGUUGCGAAGGGUCACAAUGGCAUUUCUGAGGUAUGCAGUCGCCUCAAGUGUCACCCCUAUGUGCAAGGAUUGUGGGACGAGUUCUCGGCCUUCAGGCAGCAGCUGGUGUCAAGCACACCUAUCACGCGCUGGACUGCAGCCAUGGAGCUACAUGUGGAAGCUUCGCUUGCGGCCAACCCUCCCAUUCCAUCGGUACACAUACAUUUUAUGUUUGAUGCCAUUGGCAAGACCAUCUCAUUUCGAAAUGAGCCUGGAUUGAAGUUUCGCAACUCGCAGCCGUACAGGUCGCUUGCAGCACCAGUCGCCCGCGGACGGGCUUGCAAACGAGCCUAUGAUCAGGGGCACUUUUACUUGACUCCGCUCAAGACAGGUGCCAUACUCCAUGCCACAAAUGCACCACCGUUCAAGUCCUAUGCAGUGUCUCCAGAAUGGAUCACAAGCAUGUGGCAAGGGGAUAAAUUGUCUCCGGAAUCGGCCAAGGAACUCUAUCUCAAGUGCAAAAAGCACGUCAAACAGUAUUGUGACAAUGUCACAUCACAGGUCCAGAUGACCCAGCAGAGCAACUUGCAGGAACGCCAGGCUGCAGCACAGGCAGCCUUGCUCCGCAUGCAUCGUCCUCGGGUGUAUCUGGAACCAGUGGAACAAGAGUUCUUGCCUCAAUUCCAGGUGGAUGCUUUCAGACGACGCUUCUUGGUGCUGGACGGACCCACGAAGCUCGGCAAGACGAUCUUUGCCUCCAGCCUUGCAGGACCCGAACACACUCUGGAGUUGAAUUGUGCAUCGUCCAUGGAACCCAAUUUGCGGGACUUCAACAAUGAUGUUCAUCGCGCGAUCGUGUUUGAUGAGGCAUCUUGUGCCAUGGUUCUCCGGCACAAGAAGCUUUUCCAGGGUGGUGUGCAACCACUGGAACUGGCCAGCUCCAACACGAAUUGCUACUCUUACAAGGUUUGGGUCUAUGGCACGAUGAUGAUCGUCACAAGCAACACCUGGACUGCAGAGUUGCAUGAGCUGUCACCUGAGGACGCAUCAUGGCUGCGUUCCAAUUCGGUUGCAUGUCUUCGAAGAAAGAUUUCUUCGUUGUCACGGACGAGAAGAGCCGAGAAGCAGCGGGAAGCCAACAUGGGCUUGAAUCCCCGUCAAGUGUUUGUCUUAUUGGCGAUUUAUGUACUUACUGGUGACCCAGCGGUGGCUCUCGAGUAUAUCAGCGCGAAGGCUGCGCGUGAAAGGAUGGAAGAGGCAGACGCAGAAGACAAGAAACGAUAUGUAGAAGAGCUGUACCUCAAAACAAGCUUGGAAGACAUAGCAUCGCUGCAGGAUCCUUCUGGUUCGCGGCAGGGCAUUUACAAGACUGCACAGCGUUGGAUUGCCAGACGAAGAACCAGAAACUUCGUGUGCAAUAUGAAUGCGAUUGGCGUGGCUCCAAGUUCAGAGCAAGUUGCAGAAGAAUAUCGCAAACAAAGUGCGUCCUCUGUACCAACUACCGAUGCCCGUGGAUUACGAGCCUGGAGCAGUCGCUUCCGUCGCAGUUUUGCCUUCCGGCUGGGCAAGAUGAAAGCGGCCAAGCCAGUGGAAGAUGUUUGUGCAAAGGCCGGGUGCUGGGUUCUCGAGACUUCCUGCACGCGUAACACCGCAUGCUUAUGGUAG